UUUUAUCCGUUUAAGAAGCGCUGGAUGAGCUCUGGAGUGACACGGCAAAGGACAGAACAAUGCUUUCGGGUCGCUACGGGUUUGGACCCUCACUUGAACCUGGAGGAGGCUCAGCGAUGGGCUCGAGUCAUCAACGAAAAGCUCCGCGCAUCAACUACACAACGAAAUGGUAUCAUGUACAGUGAGGUGCGUCGCCCCUGCAGGGUGCUGCUUCUCCUCAACCCUCACAGUGGGAAAGGCCAGGCCCUGUCUCUCUUCACCGGCCACGUCCAGCACAUGCUCCAGGAGGCCGGCGUCCCUCACUCGCUCGUCGUCACGGAGCGGCAGAACCACGCGCGGGAGCUGGUGAGGGAGGCCGACCUGUCCGAGUGGGACGCCCUCGUCAUCAUGUCCGGAGACGGCCUGCUGUUUGAGGUGAUCAACGGACUGAUGGACCGGGAGGACUGGGAGGAGGCCAUCCAGACCCCGCUGGGGAUCCUUCCAGGCGGCUCCGGGAACGCCCUGGCUGCCUCCAUCCACCACUACGCAGGGUCCCAGCCGGUGGCGAGCGAGGAGCUGCUGGUGAGCUGCGGCUUCCUGCUGUGCAAGGGCCUGGUGGCGCGGCUCGACCUCACGUCCGUGUGCCUGGGCUCCGGCGGCCCGCAGCAGCAGCGCCUCUUCUCCUUCCUGUCGCUGGCCUGGGGCUUCGUGGCCGACGUGGACAUCGAGAGCGAGAAGUAUCGGCACGUGGGCGCCGCCCGCUUCACCGUGGGCACCCUGGUGCGCCUGGCGUCCCUGCGGGUCUACCAGGGCAAGCUGGCCUACUUGCCCGCGGAGUCCGCGGAGUCGCCCGGGCCUUCCCCUACCUCGCCGUCGUCGUCCCCGCCGGAGGUGCCGUCGCCCCAAACGCACGCCACCUCGCCGCACGGCUUCUGCUCGUCUCUGGUGUGCCGCUCCUCACAGCGGUCGCCCGGGCAGAACGUCACGAACACCUUCCACAACUACUGCAACUCCAACAAUGCCUUCAAGGCCAAGCGGGGGGACCUCGCCCCGGCGUCCACCCCCCGCGGGCCCCCGGACUCCCUCUUAGUGCCCCUGGACCAGCCGGUGCCUAGCGAUUGGACGGUGGUUCCCGAGGAGGACUUUGUGCUGGUGCUAGCCAUGUACCAGUCCCACCUGGCAGAGGACCUGCACGCCGCGCCCAACUCCACCAUGGAGGACGGCCUCAUCCACCUGUUCUACAUCAAGGCGGGCAUCUCGCGUGCCACCCUGCUCCGCCUCUUCCUGGCCAUGGAGAAGGGCGCCCACCUGGCCACCAACUGCCCGCACCUCGUGUACGCCAAGGUGCGGGCGCUCAGGCUGGAGCCCUACUCGGCCAAAGGGACGAUCACGGUGGACGGGGAGCUGGUGGACUACGGGCCGGUGCAGGCCCAGAUCCACGGCGGUCUGGCUCGGCUCAUAGCCAGCUAGAACACAAACACACACACAGCAGAGACCAUCACAGCCUUCAACCACCCAACGGCUAGGACUGCUCGAGUUUACAAAAUAAAACACUUUACUCCUGCUGCUUUAAGGAAAGUGCAAUGUGGUGUAGACCUGUGUCAAAUGCAUAUCCAAUGACGGGGGGGGGGGGGGGGGGGGGGGGGG